CUUCAUCAAUCGUAGAUAUACAGAUAGAUAGAUAGAUAGAAAAAGGCGAAUAAUUUUGUUCCAUUCCAAUCUCUUUUUCCGUUCUUGGAUUUGUCUGAUCUUUCUUAAAGGCCGGAUCAUCGUCGGGAGAAGAAGGAGUUGGUUGCCAUGGGACAAGCCUUUCGCAAGUUGUUUGAUACCUUCUUUGGUAAUAGCGAAAUGAGGGUUGUGAUGCUUGGUCUUGAUGCUGCUGGUAAAACAACAAUAUUAUACAAGCUUCAUAUAGGAGAAGUUUUGUCGACUGUUCCUACAAUUGGGUUCAAUGUGGAGAAAGUGCAGUAUAAGAAUGUGGUAUUUACAGUGUGGGAUGUUGGAGGUCAAGAGAAAUUGAGGCCAUUAUGGAGGCAUUACUUUAAUAAUACCGAUGGAUUGAUAUACGUUGUGGACUCGUUGGAUCGAGAGAGAAUUGGUAAAGCAAAGCAAGAGUUUCAGACCAUCAUCAGAGAUCCUUUCAUGCUCAAUAGUGUUAUCUUGGUUUUUGCAAACAAGCAAGAUAUGAAAGGGGCGAUGACGCCCAUGGAAGUAUGUGCGGGACUUGGACUUUACGAUCUAAAGAACCGGAGAUGGCAUAUACAAGGGACUUGUGCUACUAAAGGAGAUGGUUUAUAUGAAGGGCUAGAUUGGCUUUCUAGCACUCUCAAGGAGGUUAAGGCUUCUGAUGGAUAACUGUGAAUUGGCCUUUUUUUGAUUUGUUACUUCCCUUGUGUAAUAGUAAAAUAUCUAAGGAACCCAACUUAGUGUUGAUUGCUGAGAUGUUGUAAAUUAUUAUUAUUAUUAUUAUUAUUAACAAUUUAUCUUUUGGGUUUUC